AUGAGGUUCUCCUUCUCCAAAUUCCUCGUCGUCGCUUUGGCUUCGACCGAGGCCGUUGUUGCCAGUACUUGGUUCAGCAAAGCUGCAUACAAUAAGUGGCAUGAGACCGAACUCGAGCGCUGGCUUUCCGAUCACGAUGUUCCUUAUCCCACUCCUGCGGAUAGAAAAGACCUCGAGAACCUCGUUAAAGAGAAUUGGCAGGCCAAGGUGGUCGACCCUGUCGCUUCAACUGGGGACAAGACUAGUGAUAGCUACCACAGUGUCAAGGACUGGAUCUUCGACAGCUGGACCGAGUCGUCUCUGAAGAGCUUCCUUGAUCACCAUAACAUCCCUGCUCCCCAGCCACGUAACAGAGAUACCCUCUUGACCACUGCCCGCCAGCACUACGAUUCCGUUGCAAAAUCGCUGGGAGAGUACGCCUCCUACCCGGGCGACUGGCUCUACUCGACUUGGUCCGAGUCUGAUCUCAAGGAGUUCCUCGACGAGCGUGGUAUCCCGGUUCCACAGCCCACUACUCGUGACAAGCUCAUCGCCCAUGUUCGCCGCAAUUCUCGAUUGGCCUCCCUCAACAUGUCGUCGGCCGCGUCUUCUGCGAGUGCUUCCUACUACAGCGCCAGCUCCGUGGCCAGCAAAUCCGCCUCCAGUGCACAGGCCAGCCUCAGUGAUGCUCUGUUUGAUGCUUGGUCCGACAGCCAGCUGAAAGAAUUCCUCGACAGCCAUGGAGUCCCUGUCCCACAGGGUAGCAGGAAGAACGAACUCAUCGCAUUGGCUCGCAGACAACGUUCGAAGCUCGAGGCAAGCGGCUCCUCGCUUUCCAGCUCGGGCGCGUCCGCAUUUGGCGCUGCGACUUCGUCUGCUGGCAACGAGUAUGCAAAGGCAACCGAUGAUGCCUCUCUGAUGGCCGACGAUGCAUUCAACUCGGCGAUUGAUUCAUGGUCUGAUUCUCGCCUCAAAGCUUAUCUCGACUCCCGUGGGGUGCCAGUUCCUCAGGCCAGCAAGCGGGACGAGCUCUUGAAGCAAGUUCGAUUGAACAAGCACAAGGCUGCGACUGGUUGGUCGGCAUGGACCUUUGACACUUGGACCCUUGAGAAUCUCCAGAAAUACCUUGAAGCCCACGGCAAGAAGUACAAGAAGAGCGCCAAGGCAAGUCGUGAUGACUUGGUCAAACAAGCGCAGGAUUCCUAUGCUUCUGCUUCCAAGAGCGGCGGACCCAGUUACGCAUCGGUCACCAGUUAUCUCGCUAAGCAAACCGACGCCGCGAAGGACACCACUUUUGACACCUGGUCCGAUAGCGAAUUGAAGUCGUAUCUCGAUAGCUAUGGAAUCCCCAACUACCAGGGCUCGACCACCAAUGAGCUCCGCGCCCAAGCCAAGAAGCAAUACAACUACUUCAAAUACGGCACAUCGACUCCUUCCGGAACCAUCUUUGAACGCAUUAAGAGUGGAUUGCAAUGGGUUCUUGGACAGGCCCAAGGUACUGCUGCCACUGCAUCGACAUCGGCAUCCAACUCCGCCAGUUCAGCGUCCAGCGUGGCAUCAAAGUCUGCCAGUUCCGCAUCCAGCGUUGCUUCCAAGAGUGCCGCGAGCGCUAAAAGUGAACUGUAG